CCACCUGCCAGCAGCCAGUCAACAGCCAUCCAGCCAUCCACCAUCAAAUCCAGCCAGACAACCACAACCCACCAGCCAGCCACCAGCCAGCAAGCCAGCCAGCCAGAAACCAGCCAUCCAGCCACCAUCCAUCCACCAUCCAGCCUGCCAGCCAGACAACCACAACCCACCAGCCAGCCACCAGCUUGCCAGCCACCAUCCAGCCACCAGUCAACCAGUCAUCCCCCAUCCAGCCAGCCAGCCAGACAACCACAACCCACCAGCCAGCCACCAGCCAGACAACCACAACCCACCAUACAGCCAGCCAGCCAGCCACCAUACAGCCACCAUCCAGCCACCCAGCCAUCAGCCACCAGCCAGCCAGCCACCCACCAGCCAUCCACAAGCCAGCCAGCAAGCAACCUGCCAGCCACAAGCCAGCCAGCCAGCCACCACCUGGCCAGACAGCCACAACCCAUCAGCAAGCAGCCACCAGCCAGCCAGCCAAUAGCCAGCCAGCCACCCACACACCCACCAGCCAGACAGCAAACCACCAGCCAGUCAUCGGCCACCAGCCAGCCAGCCACCUGCCA